AUGGCAACAUUAUUAAAAAAGAAACCAUCAAAAGAUGAUUUAUUAGAUCAAGUUAAUAUAGAAUUUAAUGAUUAUGAUAAUCAAUCAUCAAGCGUUUCAUCAUCAUCAGUAAAUACAUCAUUAACAUCAUCACCUAUACUAUCAAGUAGUAAUAGUAAUAAUCAUACAAAUAAUAAUAAUAUUGGAAUUAUUAGUGGUAAUUUUAAAUUAGAGCAAAAGAAUUUCAUAGUAGACCUUUUUAUAAUGAUAUUUGGAGUUGAUAUCAGAAGUUGUGCAGCAUUAAGAAUGGGUUUAGCAUUGUUGAUUAUAUUAGAUUUAUAUGUUAGAGCAUUAUAUUUAAGAGACCAUUAUUCAGAUUUUGGAGUUUUACCAUCAAAUGUAGUAUUGGAUUCAAAUUCAUACUAUUGGUCAUUAUAUUUCCUUAAUCCAACUGUUUGGUUUGCAAAAUUAUUAUUUAUAGUAAAUGCAUUAUUUGCAUGUUCAAUGUUUGUAGGAUUUAAAAGUAGAAUAUCAAGUGUAGCAUGUUGGAUAUUUAUGACAUCAUUACAUACAAGAAAUCCAUACGUUUUAAAUGGUGGUGAUGAUUUCUUUAGAUUAUUUUUAUUUUGGGCAAUGUUUCUACCAUUGGGUGCAAAAUUCUCAAUUGAUUCAUUGGUAAAUUUAGAUUAUACAAAUAAGAAAUCAAAUUGUUUAUCACCAAAAUCCGUUACCUAUUCACCGAUUGUUAAUAAUAGUUUAUCAAACAACAAUAUUGUUACAAAUCGUAUAGAUAGUUUCAUCAAUAGAUAUAUACCAACCACAGAUUCUGAUGGAAAAUAUGUAUUGUCGAUUGGUUCAAUUGGAAUUCAAUUACAAUUUUGUCUUGUAUAUAUAUUGACAGCAGCAUUAAAAACAGAUCCAGAAUGGUGGGCUGAAAAUAGUGCAGUUUGGUACGCUUUACAUUUAGAUCAAUUUGCAACACCACUUGGAAUUUGGUUACGUCAAUUCAUUGGAUUAGGUCAAUUUUUAACUUGGUUUACAAUUAGAUAUGAAUGGAUUGGUGUAUUCUUAUUCUUUAUACCAUGGAGAAAAUUUCAUGGUCCAAUUAGAACCAUUGGUGUUAUUGGAUUUUGGUGUAUGCAUUUUGGAUUUGGUUCUUGUUUAGAAUUGGGUUUCUUUAUGUAUAUACCAGGAAUUUGUUCAUUAAUAUUCCUUCCAUCAUGGUUUUGGGAUAAACUUUUCAAUUACUUUUAUUCAAACUCUUUAAGUGCUCAUCGUACAACUGCUCAAAUUUGGAUAAAUUCAAAUACAAAUGAUUCAAUAUAUAAAUGGUUAUCAAUAUUUAAACAAUUCUUUUUAUUACAUUCAACUCCAAUUUUAAUUUCACAACCACCACAAAUUAAUAAUAAUAAUAAUAAUAAUAAUUAUCAAAAUCAACAAAAUAAUGAUGAUGAAGAAGAAGAUUUUAUAAAUAAUAUUGGAAUAAAUAAUAAUAAUAAUAUUUAUAAUGAUUUUAAAGAAAAGAAUUAUUGGUUUGCAAUUGAAAGUUCAAUUACAGGUGAAAGAGUAUUUGGUUAUGAUGCAUUUUUAACAUUGAUUAGUUUAUCACCAACACCAAUUCAAUAUUUAAAUUUUUGGAUUUUUAAUCGUAAAUAUUUUAAAGAAUUUUAUAGUUGGUUAGUUUCAAGAAGUUGGUUUUUAAAUAGUAAAGAGAAUCCAAUGUUUAAAGCAACCAAUUUCAUUUAUCCAAAGAAAGCAAUUGUAUCAACUAGAAAAUGGUAUAUUGAAUUAUUUUGUUUAAUUAUGUUGGUUUUCAUUAUAAAUUGGAAUUGUGCUGGAUAUUUUAGUUAUGACGUUUCAGCAAGUUAUAAAUGGAUUGGACCUGCAUUUAAAGUUGAGCAGUAUUGGUCAAUGUUUUCACCACAUCCUUCAAAAGAUAAUGGUUGGUUAGUUCAUCCAGCUGUAUUAGUCGAUGGUACAGAAAUUGAUGUUUCCACCAAAAGAGAGAUCACCUAUGAUAGACCAAGACUUAUCUCAUCCACUUUCCCAACUCAAAGAUGGAGAAAGUAUUUAAUGAACUUACAAGGUUUAAAUCAUCGUGAUAAAAGAUUAUACUAUGGUAGAUAUAUUUGUAGAGAAUGGAAUUGGUACGGCACUAUUCCACCACAAAAACAUAUAAAAGCUUUUAAAUUAAUUUUCAUGUAUGAAGAUUCUCCACAAUUCCCUUACCCUAUUAAUAAUAGAACAAUUAAACCUCAAGAACCACCAACACCAAUUGAAUUAUGGUCUCAUGUUUGUUAA